AUGGCGGAGCAGCUGAAGGCGACAUUUACGCAGAAGAACGAGAAGAAUCAAGCCGUCUUCGUUGCCUUUGUUACGGCGGGAUUUCCGUCCGAAGAGGACACGGUGGACGUGAUGUUGGCGCUCGAAGCCGGCGGUGCCGACGUGAUUGAGCUGGGCGUGCCGUUUUCCGACCCCCAGGCAGAUGGCCCUGCGAUCCAAAUGAGCAACAAUGUGGCUCUUAGCCAGGGAAUUGACUACACACAGUGCCUUGAGUAUAUCAAAGCCGCGCGUGCAAAGGGCCUUCAGGCUCCCGUCGUGCUGAUGGGCUACUAUAACCCCCUUAUGGCGUACGGAGAGGCGCGUGCGAUCCAUGAUGCACGCCUGGCCGGUGCCAAUGGGUUCAUUGUCGUUGACUUGCCACCGGAGGAGGCGACUGAUUUCCUCCGGGUGUGUCGCCAGGAGAAGAUGGCCUUUGUGCCUUUGAUUGCACCUACGACGGACGCGGCACGCAUCCGGUACCUGUCGACUCUGGCAGAUGCCUUUAUUUACGUCGUGUCCAAGCUGGGUACCACAGGUGCUUCAGAAACUGUGUCAUCGACACUGGGCGAGUUUAUCUCCAUGAUCCGUACGGCCACCGAUGCACCCUUGGCCGUAGGCUUUGGUGUAUCCACGAGGGACCACUUUGUUGAGGUGGGUGCACUGUCGGAGGGUGUCGUGAUUGGCAGCAAGCUGGUCCAGUGCCUCAAGGAGGCACCACCAUCCACCGAGUCGCGUGCUCAAGCGGCGCGGGCGUUUUGUGAGCAAAUCACUGGUGCUGCCGAAGGCUUUCUUCCGCGUGCGACACCGCUGCCCAAGCCCAAGUCCAUGGAUGGCAAGAGUGUGCCAGCGAGCUCGAUCUCUGAUGCGGCCCGCUUUGGUGCGUUUGGAGGACAGUACAUUCCAGAGGCGCUCGUACAGUGUCACAAAGAGUUGGAGCUCGCGUACAACCAGGUGCGCAAUGAUCCAAGCUUCUGGAAGGAGUUUCAAGAGCAGUUCAACUACAUUGGCCGCCCAAGUGAGCUUUACCUGGCAGAACGCCUCACAGAAAUGGCGGGUGGCGCCCAAAUUUGGCUCAAGCGUGAGGAUCUGAACCACACGGGUAGUCAUAAGAUCAACAAUGCCAUUGGGCAGGCGCUCAUUGCCAAGCGACUUGGAAAGACGCGCAUCAUUGCCGAGACAGGUGCGGGUCAGCAUGGUGUGGCGACGGCGACAGCGUGCGCCAAAUUUGGUCUGGAGUGUGUGGUGUACAUGGGCGCUGAAGAUGUGAAGCGGCAAGCGCUCAAUGCUUUCCGUAUUCGCAUGCUUGGUGCCAAGCUAAUUGCUGUCGAGAGCGGAAGCAAGACGCUCAAGGAUGCGAUCAACGAGGCGAACCGUGACUGGGUCACGAACAUCCACAACACACACUACUUGGUGGGCUCGGCGAUUGGCCCGCAUCCAUUCCCGACGAUGGUGCGUGACUUGCAGUCGGUAAUAGGACGUGAAGCGAAGGAACAGCUGCAGGAACAGGCCAAGUGCCUACCUGAUGCGGUUGUGGCGUGUGUUGGUGGUGGCAGCAAUGCUAUCGGCAUGUUCUAUGGGUUCAUUGACGAGCCGAAGGUGCGCCUCGUGGGUGUUGAGGCUGGCGGCCAGGGCAUCGAGACGGCCGACAAUUCUGCAACGCUCACACUGGGUACACCCGGUGUGCUGCAUGGCGUUAAGACAUACUUGCUGCAGGACAAGGACGGGCAGAUCAAGUCGACGCACUCAGUGAGUGCGGGUCUGGACUACCCAGGUGUGGGCCCCGAGCAUGCCUUUUUGAAGGACAGCGGCCGCGCGGAGUAUGUUGUGGCGACCGAUACCCAGGCGCUCACUGGCUUCAAGUGGCUCGUGGAGCGGGAGGGCAUUAUCCCUGCACUCGAAUCGAGUCAUGCCGUGUACCAUGCCGUGGAGCUGGCCAAAACGAUGCAGCCGGAUCAGCACGUCAUCGUGAGCUUGAGCGGCCGCGGUGACAAGGAUGUGGAGCAAAUUGCCCGUGGUCUCACCGAGCAGGGUUGGGGCCAGGCGAUGGGCUGGGUACUGCCGCCGCUUGUGUUCCAGUAA